AUGGAUAUGGCAUCCCCCUCUCCAUUCAGUGUCUUAGCACAAACCAAUGCAACACCCAGUGGCAUAAAUAUAACCUGUAAUGAUUCCAACAUAAAUGAUGUACUUAUCUUUGCAAUCUUCACUAUGCCUGUUUGUGUGUUGGGAAUGUUAGGCAACGGCCUUGUUAUCUGGCUGCUGGGCUGCUCCAUUAAGAGGAAUACUUUUGCCAUUUAUAUUAUCAACCUCUCUGUUGCAGACUUUGGUUUCCUCGCCACUGAGCUGAUUAUCGAAAUCUACUGGCUUUUUACACACUUGUAUUGUGACUUUCCCUAUGAACUCUUCCAAACGGUCCUACUGUUAAUGUACAGUACGGGCCAAUUUCUCCUGACAGUCAUCAGCAUCGACAGGUGUAUUUCGGUCCUUUUCCCAAUUUGGUAUCGAUGCCACCGGCCGGUGCAUCUGUUCACUAUUGUGUGUGCUGUCAUCUGGGCCACGUGCUUCGUCCUCUCUUCAAUUCACUUCACAAUUAUAGCUGUUGAUGGAUUUGGAGAGAAUUAUACUUUCAUGUAUCAGUUCAUUGUUAAUGCUGUGCUUUGUCUCCCACUUAUGACAAUCUCCAGUGUUGUCUUGUUUAUCAAAAUCUGCUUCAUAUCCAAAAGCCAAAGGCGGAGAAAGCUUUUGACAGCUAUUUUGCUUACACUUUUCUUCUUUUUAGUCUUGGCUUUUCCACUAACUGCCUUUUAUGUCAUCCUGUACUUUUUUGAAGAUAUAGAUCCCAACUUUGUACAUUUUGGCUACUUGUGUACCUGCAUCAACAGCGGCAUUAACCCCUUGAUCUAUUACUUGGUGGGGAGACAGAAGGGAAAAACCCGGAAAGGCAUCAAAGAGUUGUUUCAGAAGGUUUUCAAGGAGGAGGAACUCUCUACUGAUAAACUGGAAACUUCGGACGGUUCCAAGAUCUGA